AUGGUGGAUGUGGAGGAGGUCGGGAACAAGAUGCAAUCGCAGAUGCGCCUCCACGCCGAGCCGGAGGACGCCGCCGCCGACGACCUCCCCCUGCCGGCCCUCUUCGACAGGGCGUCGCGGCUCCACGCCCUCGACCAGGAUGGGAUCCGCACGGCGGUUGACCUGCUGCGGCGCUGCGACGAGAUGGUCAGCAAGCUCGGCCUUUUCUCCCCCAACGAGACGAAGGAAGACGUCUCCACCGCAAACCUCAAGUACCUACUCGUUCCGUAUUACCUUGCGGAAAUGACUGAGAAGAUAGCUCAAGAGGAUCGGAUCCCGGUUCUUAAGGCAUCACAGGACCAUUUGAAGGAGUUCAUUGCUCUAUGUGAAGUACUAGAGCUUAUUCCAGAGGAUGAGCUAGAAUUGUCCAGGCAGAAGCAGCCUGAUACUAUGGCAAACAGAAGAGCGCAGAAGGUUGCCCGGUUUAAACGUCAAAAGGCUGCAGAAACGAAGCUCCAAGAGAUCAGAGAGAGAAAAGAAAGGCGUGGACGCUCAUUGAGAGCAGCUGCUUUAUCUGCCCCAAUUGAAGCUGGAGAGGAAGAUGACCUGGAGGAUGAUGGGGAGGAAGAAAGAGAGGCUUGGUUAGCUACAAUCUCACUGGCUAUCUGCAAGGCUUUUGAUCUUCUCGACAUACUAAAGAAGGAGGAAGAAAUGCUUCUAGCUGUAAAGGAAAGGAAGGCAAAGGACGGGAAUGCAUUUGCUCGUGAAAUGCUUGAUGAACGAACAAAGAAGGCUGAAGCAUGGCACCAUAAUGCUGCCAACCGUGUGGCAUAUUCCAAACCAGCUGAUCCAAUCACUUGUGCAACAUUUGCUCAAGAUGUCAUUGAAGGUAGAGCAAGCGUUUCACAAGCUCACGAGCACAAACACCAGCCCCUGAUAUUUGGACCUGCAAGUCUUGUUGGUGGUGGUCUAACCAGUGAAAGGGAAAGAAUGGCGGCACAAGUUUUUCAGCCUAGUUACAGGAUGCCAACAAUGAGCAUCGAAGAAGCUGGUUUGCGCGAGAUGAAAAUGAUGGAGAAGUGGCAAGAAAGGACCGCUGAGAUGAUGAAAGAAGCAAACUCCGCGUGGCACAAGGAUGGCAGCAGCUCGGCCCAAGAGGACGAGGACGCCGAGGAGGCGAAAGCAAGAGCGUGGGACGACUGGAAGGAUGACAACCCCCGCGGCGCAGGCAACAAGAAGCUCACGCCCUGUGGCUAA